UACGGAUCCUACACGACGCACGACCGAUUUUAACGUCCGCGAAAUCCCAACAAAACUCGUUGAAAAUGCAUACAUCAAAAUGGUAGAGGCACUCCAAAUGUUUCUAUUCCUAUUUAAAUCAAAAUACAGGCGAAAAUGCUCGUGGUUCUCGCCAUUCCUGUGUUCCGUGAUCAUCGUGUUAUUGUUUUGUAAUGGUGUUCUAUCUAAGUGUAGUGAACUUAAUUGUUUAAAUGGUGUUUGUAAGAAUGAUACUUGUGUGUGCGAGGAGGGCUGGCAGGGGCCGGAAUGCCAGCACUGCGGCGGCAAAAUAAAAUUAACAGAUCCGAUGGGCAUCAUAACAGAUGGCGUAGGCAACUACAGCGUCAGCACGCAAUGCUCCUGGCUGAUAUCCCCUCCAUGGCUGGGCCCAAACGCCCCCUCCAUCAGAGUGAGGUUGGAGAGCUUCGCGACAGAGUGUGGAUGGGAUCACCUUUAUGUGUAUGACGGAGACAGUGUGAGAGCGGAGAGACUGUUGGCUGUGUUCAGUGGUGUGAUGGACUCGGACGGGUCGACAUGGACCCGUCAGGUUGUGGCUCACUCGGGCAGCGUGUUGAUGCACUUCUUCUCCGAUGAUGCAUAUGCAAUGGAGGGCUUCAACGUCACAUACGCAGCGUAUUCCUGCCCCUCCGAUGAGUUUCAUACUAAUUGUUCUAAUCAUGGCGAGUGUGAUGAGGGGAUAUGCCGCUGUGAACCGAAUUGGAUUGGUGUGGCUUGUGACAAACCUCUCUGUCCAGACGACUGCAACGCUCAAUACGGCGCUGGUUCCUGCACAUCUGAGGGAUGCGUCUGCACUCCAUCGCGGUCGGGUGAGAACUGUGGGCGGGAAGUGUCCGUAGCGGGCUGGAAGUGGGCGUGGCAUGAGGCGAGAGAGGGCGUGGACAGUCUGCGGCCCAAGAACGUCCCGCCCGCCACAGCGGGUCACGUGUUGCUAAACUAUGACGACGAUCUGCUGAGAGUCGGUGGGGAGUGCUUCGGUGAAGCGGAGUUUGUUUAUCGAUACAAAUCUGCUGAUCACGAGUGGAUAGCGAUGGAGAGUAGGGGGGAGGUGCCGGCGCCGCGGUUCGCGCACGCCGCCAUAGUGUUCGGACACGAGUUGAUAGUGUACGGCGGUGUUGUGGCCGCCGACGACCCGGAGAGAGGCGGCGGUCUGGCGGGCGUGGAGGGCGGGGGCGGGGCGGUGAGCAACGAGGUGUGGCGCGGGCGGCUGGCGGGCGAGCGGCUCGUGUGGCGGAACGCGACGCCGGCCUCGUGUGCGCCGCACACACGAUGCGGCGGCCUCCAUUUAUCCGGUCACUCGGCGGUGCUGGUGUACAUAGGCCCGGCCAAGAAGCCGGUCAUGCUGAGCUUCUUCGGCCACUCGCCGCACUAUGGAUACUUACAUCUGGUUCAGGAGUACUACAUAGAAGAAGGUGUGUGGUCGGUCGCCCAAACUAAGGGUUGGCCGGCGCGCGCCGGGUUCGGCCACACCGCGGCGUACGACGACGCCUCUAACCGAGUAUAUAUACACGCCGGUCUCGUGUCCGAAUCGGAGGCCACACAGGCACCGUCUGACGCGCUGUACGAGUACAACGUGGACUCACGCGUGUGGCGGCCGCUGCCGCGCGCGCCCACGCCGCGGUACCUCCACGCCGCUAUAUUUGUGUCACCAGGUAUGAUGCUGGUGUUCGGUGGCAACGCCCACAACGACAGCGCGGCGGCCGCGCCGCUCGCCACGCCCGCCGCCAACAAGUGCUACUCCGGCGACGCCUACCUCUACGACGUCAGAUGUGCUCGAUGGCUGACAACAAGCAGUCCCCUAACGGCGCCGCGCGCGGCCUCCGCCGUCGCGUUACUGCCGAAAGCGAGGACCAGCACCGCUAUAUUUAUAGCUGGAUUCGACGGUCGUCUUCGCUCGGACGCGCUGCUCUUCGAGACGGGCAGCAAAUGCUCGACACAUAAAGAUGAAACAUCGUGCCUCAACAGCGCCAAGCGAGCGGCCAUAGCUUGUGUGUGGAGAAUCAAAGAGCAGAUGUGCGAAUCUCUAGCACAAGUCAGUUGGCAAGACACGUUCAACGCUGAUAAGUUUAAGUCCUGCAGUGCGGAUCCUGUAUUCGACGGUCGUCGGUGCGCGGCGGCGGGGUACUGCGAGGCGUGCGUGGCGGCCGGCUGCGCGUGGUGCGGUGCCUGCCUCGCCUCCGCCAGGCUCUGUCUGCGGCGACCCACACAGAUGGCGCUGUCGGUGGAGGAGUGCGGCGGCAGCGAGACCUCGGCGGUCUGCGGCCGCUACCACUCCUGCGCCGCCUGCCACGCCCACCUACACCGCCACCCGCACGGAAAUGACGAUAGUCGUGCGUGUUAUUGGGACUACGACUCGGUGAAGUGCAGGCCGGCCAAUACUACAGUUGAUCUCAGGGGUGUCAGUGGCGUAUCCAGCGUCGGUCUGUCGAGUGUGGGAGGCCCCGGCGCGGGGGCGUGCAGCGCGGCGUGUUCGACGUACAAGACGUGCGCGAACUGCACUGCCGAGGAGUGCAUAUGGUGCGCGUCCGCCGCGAGAUGCGUCGACAAGAACGCGUACGGCGCAUCCUUCCCGUUGGGCGGGUGUCGCGCCUGGUCGACCAGCGGGUGCGCGGGGGGCGGGGCUAGCGCGGCGGUGGCGGGGUGCAGUGCGCACGCUUCGUGUGCGGCGUGCCGCGCGGAACCGGCGUGCGGCUGGUGCGACGACGGCGCAGGCGGCGGGCGCGGUGCGUGUCUUCCCGGCGGAGAGCGGCGCCCGCACCACCCGCACGUGUGUCCACACCGAAGAUGGCACUUCACCCGCUGUCCAGCGUGCCAGUGCAACGGGCAUGCGGUGUGCGACGCGUCCGCUCGGUGCGUGCAGCCGUGCGGCGCGCGCGCUAUCGGGGCUCACUGCGAGCAGUGCGCGCCGCAGCACUGGGGCUCCCCGCUCAACGGUGGCGUAUGUCAGCCGUGCGAGUGCAACGCUCAAGCGGUUGCGUGCGCGGCCGACACCGGGCGAUGUUUCUGCAGCACCAAGGGUCUUGCCGGCGACCGCUGCGACAAGUGCGACAACACCAACCACUACCAUCCCGACCUCUAUAAUAAGGGAUGUUAUUACGAUCUCGCCGUGGACUACCAGUUCACGUUCAAUCUCUCCAAGAAGGAGGACCGGCACCUCUCCGCCAUCAACUUCCGGAACGCGCCGGUCAAGCCGGACGUGGACGCGGACUUCAGCAUCACGUGUUCGGCGCACGCACGCAUGAACCUCACCGUGCGUACGCGCACGCAUCCCGAGCGGACGCUCUUCAGUGAUCUCAACUGCACCAACUUCAGAUACAAGUUCGCGAAGUCCGAGCACGCUUUCGGCGUUGAGGACAACGUUACAUUGACGACAUUCUUCGUCUACGUGUACGACUUUCGACCGCCGCUGUGGAUACAGAUAUCGUUCUCGCAGUACCCCAAACUGAAUCUACAGCAGUUCUUCAUAACUUUCUCGUCGUGCUUCCUCCUGCUGUUGCUGGUGGCUGCGGCGUUGUGGAAAAUUAAACAGAAAUAUGAUCUAUACAGAAGAAGGCAACGCCUGUUUGUUGAGAUGGAGCAGAUGGCGUCGCGGCCGUUCAGUCAAGUCAGCAUUGAGCUAGAGAGGAGUGGUUCCAGUGUGAAUGGCAGCGUGGGCGGUCCUCCCGCACCCGUCGCUUUAGAGCCGUGUGCCGGCGGGCGGGCGGCGGUCCUGUCCCUCGUGGUGCGGCUGCCGACGGGCGGGACGGGCCGCGCGCCGCCACUGGGCGGGCUCGCGCUCGCCUCCGCCCUCGUCACGCUCGGCCACCACCCCCCGCCGCGCACGCAUAAACGACGCGCCCGCUGAUAGAUACACAUGGAGACACCAAUGUAAAUAGAUGUUAUAUAAGUCAUGUACAUAGAGGUGCGUUGCUCAAGAUACAUGUAAAAUACUCAACGAUACAUACGUAUAUGGAUUAUGGCCCAAGCAUUAUCGCUAAGUACGCGACGCGAACUGAAGAAAUAACGACUUGACCUAUAUUAUAACCAUGCGUCACGUCUACGAUAUGUUAGGGCGGCUAUAGUCCGGCCGCUAGUUAGAGAAAAAGUUUCUCUCGUGGAAGAGUUUAACGCUAAACUUUAUACAAGACGAGCUUUUGCCCGCGGCUUCGCUCGCG